AUGCAUCCUUUUAGAUCGGCACUACUUCCCAGAAGUGUUCCCUGUAAGCCGAUAUUCCCUUCAUCUGUGUGCAGAGUGAGGAGUUCACUACUAAUACAGCGAUCAUAUCUAUCAAACGCUAUUUACAGAGACUUGAAUAGCACAUUGAAUAAUAAAAUAUAUUCUAGAUCAUUCCAUUCUUCCCCACUCAUACAAUUUAGAAUAUCCAACAUUCUUUUAAAUGAAAAUACCAAUGAAGAUAAAAAUAAUGACAAUGAGCAGCAAAAGAAAUAUUCAGAGAAAGAGAAGAAAGAUGACUCAAAGAAAACAUCAGAGGAAUAUAAAUCAAUGGCGGAUUACUUUAAAUCAAAAGAAUUCAUGAAUACAAUUUUCUUAACGAUAGGUUUUACGAUUCUAUUCAAUCUUAUGAGUACAAGCCGGGAUUCUAAUGAAAAUAAAUCGUUGACAUUUCAAGAUUUCAAAUCAAACUAUCUAGAAAGGGGGCUUGUCAAAAAGAUAUAUGUCAUUAACAAAUAUUUGGUAGAAGCCGAAUUACAUGAUCAAUCAAUUAUUACGGGAAGUCAACCGAACUCGAUGAAUCCGUUCAAUAAACAUUCUAAUGUAGUUGCUUUCACGAUUGGUUCAGUUGAUAUAUUUGAGGAACAAAUGGAUCAAAUACAAGAUGAGUUGCAAAUAGAUCCUAAAGAUCGCAUUCCUAUUGUUUACGCCGAUAGAGCAUCUUUCUUGCAGUAUUUGUUCCCUUUCUUACCCACUAUAAUUCUACUAGGUGGUUUGUAUUUUAUAACAAAGAAAAUGGGGAAUCCCACAAAUGGUGCCGCAGGAAGUAAUGGCAGUGGAGGAGGACUAGGAGGUAUGUUUGGAGUUGGGAAAUCAAGAGCUAAAUUGUUUAAUAAAGAAACAGACGUUAAAGUUUCAUUUAAGAAUGUUGCAGGUUGUGAUGAAGCGAAGGUAGAAAUAAUGGAAUUCGUUCACUUUUUAAAAAAUCCAAAUAAAUAUACUGUCUUAGGAGCCAAGAUACCAAGAGGUGCUAUCUUGUCAGGACCUCCAGGUACAGGUAAGACCCUAUUAGCCAAGGCUACUGCAGGUGAAGCUGGUGUGCCAUUCCUUUCCGUUUCUGGUUCUGAAUUUGUAGAAAUGUUCGUUGGGGUAGGUGCUUCUAGAGUACGUGAUUUAUUCGAACAGGCAAGAAAGUUAGCUCCAUCAAUCAUUUUCAUCGAUGAAAUUGAUGCCAUUGGGAAAGAGAGGGGUAAAGGUGGUGCGUUAGGUGGAGCUAAUGAUGAAAGAGAAGCUACUUUAAAUCAGUUGUUAGUUGAAAUGGACGGAUUUAGCACUUCAGAUCAAGUCGUUGUGAUUGCUGGUACAAACCGGCCUGAUGUUUUAGAUCCGGCAUUAUUGAGACCGGGUAGAUUUGAUAGACAUAUCCAAAUAGAUGCGCCAGAUAUCAAUGGUAGGAAACAAAUAUACUUAGUUCAUUUGAAGAGAUUAAAUUUAGAGGAAAAGUUAGUAGAAACGAAGGAGGAUGUUGAAAACCUAGCGGGGAAGUUAGCGACCUUAACACCAGGGUUUACUGGUGCUGAUAUAGCAAAUGCUUGUAACGAAGCUGCUUUGAUUGCUGCAAGACAUAAGGACCCAUUCGUUACAAUACAACAUUUUGAACAAGCCAUUGAAAGAGUAAUUGCAGGGCUAGAAAAGAAAUCCAGGGUUUUGUCGAAGGAAGAAAAGAAAACAGUGGCUUACCAUGAAGCAGGGCACGCGGUUUGUGGAUGGUUCUUAAAAUACGCCGACCCAUUAUUGAAGGUUAGUAUUAUACCACGUGGACAAGGAGCUCUCGGCUAUGCCCAAUAUUUACCACCCGACCAAUAUCUAAUCAGUGAAGAACAGUUUCAGCAUAGAAUGAUUAUGGCACUUGGAGGCCGUGUGUCAGAAGAACUACAUUUUCCAUCAGUAACAAGCGGUGCCCAUGAUGAUUUCAAAAAGGUGACACAGAUGGCAAAUGCAAUGGUUACUUCACUUGGAAUGUCUAAGAAAGUUGGCUACGUUUCUUAUGAUCAACGUGAUAGUCAAUUCCAAGUUAAUAAGCCUUUUAGUGAAAAGACUGCGAGAAAUAUUGACACUGAGGUUAAAAGGAUAGUCGAUUUUGCCCAUAAUAAAUGUACCCAAUUAUUGUCUGAGAAUAUUGAAAAAGUGGAUAAGGUGGCGAAAGAAUUAUUAAGGAAAGAAGCCAUCACUAGAGAAGAUAUGAUUAGACUUCUCGGUCCAAGACCGUUCCCUGAAAGGAACGAAGCAUUCGAAAAAUAUUUGGACACUGCUGGAGACGAUAAAGCAUCACCUGCACCGGAGGCGAAAUAA